GCCCGAGCUGCGGCUGCUGUAGUUAUCCUAGCCGGUGCUGGGGCGGCGGAGCGGCGGGAGGGAGGAGGGCUGGCGGGGCGAAAGACUGGGAAACCUCUGAAAGACCAACGAGACUUCGGAGACCAGAGACGCGCCUGGGGGGACCUGGGGCUUGGGGCGUGCGAGAGUUCCCUUGCACUCGCUGGGAACGCGCGCGGGGAUCGUCCCAUGGCCGGGGCUCGGAGCCGCGACCCUUGGGGGGCCUCCUGGAUUUGCUACCUUCUUGGCUCCCUGCUCGUCGAACUGCUCUUCUCACGGGCUGUCGCCUUCAAUCUGGACGUGAUGGGUGCCUUGCGCAAGGAGGGCGAGCCAGGCAGCCUCUUCGGCUUCUCUGUGGCCUUGCACCGGCAGUUGCAGCCCCGACCCCAGAGCUGGCUGCUGGUGGGUGCUCCCCAGGCCCUGGCUCUUCCUGGGCAGCAGGCGAAUCGCACUGGAGGCCUCUUCGCUUGCCCCUUGAGCCUGGAGGAGACCGACUGCUACAGAGUGGACAUCGACCAGGGAGCUGAUGUGCAAAAGGAAAGCAAGGAGAACCAGUGGUUGGGAGUCAGUGUUCGGAGCCAGGGGCCUGGGGGCAAGAUUGUUACCUGUGCACACCGAUAUGAGGCAAGGCAGCGAGUGGACCAGAUCCUGGAGACACGGGAUAUGAUUGGUCGCUGCUUUGUGCUAAGCCAGGACCUGGCCAUCCGGGAUGAGUUGGAUGGUGGGGAAUGGAAGUUCUGUGAGGGGCGCCCCCAAGGCCAUGAACAAUUUGGGUUCUGCCAGCAGGGCACAGCUGCCGCCUUCUCCCCUGAUAGCCACUACCUCCUAUUUGGGGCCCCAGGAACCUAUAAUUGGAAGGGCACGGCCAGGGUGGAGCUCUGUGCUCAGGGCUCAGCGGACCUGGCACACCUGGACGACGGUCCCUACGAGGCGGGGGGUGAGAAGGAGCAGGACCCCCGCCUCAUCCCGGUCCCUGCCAACAGCUACUUUGGCUUCUCUAUUGACUCGGGGAAAGGUCUGGUGCGUGCAGAAGAGCUGAGCUUUGUGGCUGGGGCCCCCCGUGCCAACCAUAAGGGUGCUGUGGUCAUCCUGCGCAAGGACAGCGCCAGUCGCCUGGUGCCUGAGGUUAUGCUGUCCGGGGAGCGCUUGACCUCCGGCUUCGGCUACUCGCUGGCUGUGGCUGACCUCAACAGUGAUGGCUGGCCGGACCUGAUAGUGGGUGCCCCCUACUUCUUUGAGCGCCAAGAAGAGCUGGGGGGUGCCGUGUAUGUGUACUUGAACCAGGGGGGUCACUGGACUGAGAUCUCCCCUCUCCGGCUCUGCGGCUCCCCUGACUCCAUGUUCGGGAUCAGCCUGGCUGUCCUGGGGGACCUCAACCAAGAUGGCUUUCCAGAUAUUGCAGUGGGCGCCCCCUUUGAUGGUGAUGGUAAAGUCUUCAUCUACCAUGGGAGCAGCCUGGGGGUUGUCGCCAAACCUUCGCAGGUGCUGGAGGGCGAGGCUGUGGGCAUCAAGAGCUUCGGCUACUCCCUGUCAGGCAGUUUGGAUAUGGAUGGGAACCAAUACCCUGACUUGCUGGUGGGCUCCCUGGCUGACACUGUCGUGCUCUUCAGGGCCAGACCCGUUCUCCAUGUCUCCCAUGAGAUCUCUAUUGCUCCACGAAGCAUUGACCUGGAGCAGCCCAACUGUGCUGGCGGCCACUCGGUCUGCGUGGACCUAAGGGUCUGUUUCAGCUACAUUGCAGUCCCCAGCAGCUACAGCCCUACUGUGGCCCUGGACUACGUGUUAGACGCGGACACAGACCGGAGGCUCCGGGGCCAGGUUCCCCGUGUGACCUUCCUGAGCCGUAGCCCAGAUGAACCCAAGCACCAGGCCUCAGGCACUGUGUGGCUGAAGCACCAGCACGACCGAGUCUGUGGAGAUGCCGUGUUCCAGCUCCAGGAUAAUGUCAAAGACAAGCUUCGGGCCAUUGUAGUGACCUUGUCCUACAGUCUCCAGACCCCUCGGCUCCGGCGACAGGCUCCUGGCCAGGGGCUGCCUCCAGUGGCCCCCAUCCUCAAUGCCCACCAGCCCAGCACCCAGCGGGCAGAGAUCCACUUCCUGAAGCAAGGCUGUGGUGAAGACAAGAUCUGCCAGAGCAAUCUGCAGCUGGUCCGUGCCCGCUUCUGUGCCCGGGUCAGCGACACGGAAUUCCAGCCUCUGCCCAUGGAUGCGGAUGGAACAACAGCCCUGUUUGCACUGAGUGGGCAGCCAGUCAUUGGCCUGGAGCUGAUGGUCACCAACCUGCCAUCGGACCCAGCCCAGCCCCAGGCUGAUGGGGACGAUGCCCAUGAAGCCCAGCUCCUGGUCAUGCUUCCUGACUCACUGCACUACUCAGGAGUCCGGGCCCUGGACCCUGCGGAGAAGCCACUCUGCCUGUCCAAUGAGAAUGCCUCCCAUGUUGAGUGUGAGCUGGGGAACCCCAUGAAGAGAGGUGCCCAGGUCACCUUCUACCUCAUCCUUAGCACCUCAGGGAUCAGCAUUGAGACCACGGAACUGGAGGUAGAGCUGCUGUUGGCCACGAUCAGUGAGCAGGAGCUGCAUCCAGUCUCUGCACGAGCCCGUGUCUUCAUUGAGCUGCCACUGUCCAUUGCAGGGAUGGCCACUCCCCAGCAACUCUUCUUCUCUGGUGUGGUGAGGGGCGAGAGAGCCAUGCAGUCUGAGCGGGAUGUGGGCAGCAAGGUCAAGUAUGAGGUCACGGUUUCCAAUCAAGGCCAGUCGCUCAAAACCCUGGGCUCUGCCUUCCUCAACAUCAUGUGGCCUCAUGAGAUUGCCAAUGGGAAGUGGUUGCUGUACCCAAUGCGGGUGGAGCUGGAGGGCGGGCAGGGGCCUGGGCAGCAAGGGCUUUGCUCUCCCAGGCCCAACAUCCUCCACCUGGAUGUGGACAGUAGGGAUAGGAGGCGGCGGGAGCUGGAGCCGCCUGAGCAGCGGGAGCCUGGUGAGCGGCAGGAGCCCAGCAUGUCCUGGUGGCCAGUGUCCUCUGCUGAGAAGAAGAAAAACAUCACCCUGGACUGCGCCCGGGGCACGGCCAACUGUGUAGUGUUCAGCUGCCCACUCUACAGCUUUGACCGCGCGGCUGUGUUGCAUGUCUGGGGCCGUCUCUGGAACAGCACCUUCCUGGAGGAGUACUCAGCUGUGAAGUCCCUGGAAGUUAUUGUCCGGGCCAACAUCACAGUGAAGUCCUCCAUAAAGAACUUGAUGCUCCGAGAUGCCUCCAUAGUGAUCCCGGUGAUGGUAUACUUGGACCCCAUGGCUGUGGUGGCAGAAGGAGUGCCCUGGUGGGUCAUCCUCCUGGCUGUACUGGCUGGGCUGCUGGUGCUAGCACUGCUGGUGCUGCUCUUGUGGAAGAUGGGAUUCUUCAAACGGGCGAAGCACCCCGAGGCCACCGUGCCCCAGUACCAUGCGGUGAAGAUUCCUCGGGAAGACCGACAGCAGUUCAAGGAGGAGAAGACGGGCACCAUCCUGAGGAACAACUGGGGCAGCCCCCGGCGGGAGGGCCCGGAUGCACACCCCAUCCUGGCUGCCGAUGGGCAUUCUGAGCUGGGCCCCGAUGGGCAUGCGGGGCCAGGCACUGCCUAGGUUCCCAUGUCCCAGCCUGGCCUGUGGCUAUCCUCCACCCCUUCCCCAGAGAUGGCUCUUUGGGAUGAAGAGGGUAGAGUGGGCUGCUGGUGUCGCAUCAAGAUUUGGCAGGAUCAGCUUCCUCAGGGGCACAGACCUCCCCCACCCACAAGAACUCCUCCCACCCAACUUCCCCUUAGAGUGCUGUGAGAUGAGAGAGGGUAAAUCAGGGAUAGGGCCAUGGGGUAGGGUGAGAAGGGCAGGGGUGUCCUGAUGCAAAGGUGGGGAGAAGGGAUCCUAAUCCCUUCCUCUCCCAUUCACCCUGUGUAGUAGGACCCCAAGGACCUGCCUCCCCAGAAGUGCCUUAGCCUAGAGGGUCGGGGGGGGAGGUUGUGUCACUGACUCAGGGGCUCCUCUCCUCUAGUUUCCCCUCUCAUCUGACCUUAAUUUGCUGCAUCAGUCUAGUGGUUUUGUGGUUUUGUCUAUUUAUUAAAAAAUAUUUGAGAACAAAA